ACACAACACUGCCUGCAGAGCUGGGAUCGGAGGAGCUGCUCUGUGCAGGCAGUAGAAAGCCCCAGCUGGCUGUCCAGCUCUCCUCUGCAAGCAGGCCAGAGUGCUCUCUGCACAUUUGUUAAUGGAUGUGACCCCCUGCCCCUGGUCCAGGAGGUGACACUAACUGCCUGAUCCUGCUCUGAUAGCUGAACUCCAGACACCAACAUGACUGAACGCUUCGACUGCCACUACUGCAAAGAGUCCCUGUUUGGUAAGAAGUACAUCCUGAAGGAAGACAGCCCCUACUGUGUGAAAUGCUAUGAGAACCUUUAUUCCAACACCUGUGAGGAAUGCAAAAAACCUAUUGGUGCUGACUGCAAGGAUCUGUCUUACAAGGAACGGCACUGGCAUGAAACCUGCUUCCACUGCUUCCAGUGCAAGAAUUCACUGGUGGACAAACCUUUUGCUGCAAAGGAGGAACACCUGCUUUGUACAGACUGCUACUCCAAUGAAUACUCUUCCAAAUGUAAUGAGUGCAAGAAGACUAUUAUGCCAGGUACUCGGAAGAUGGAAUACAAGGGCAACAGCUGGCACGAGACCUGCUUCAUCUGCUACCGCUGCCAACAGCCCAUUGGGACAAAGAGCUUCAUCCCUAAGGACAAUCAAAACUUUUGUGUACCCUGCUAUGAAAAGCAGUUUGCCAUGCAGUGUGUCCAGUGCAAGAAGGCCAUCACUACAGGGGGUGUUACCUACAGGGAGCAGCCGUGGCAUAAGGAAUGCUUCAUCUGUACUGGGUGCAAGAAGCAGCUGUCUGGACAACGCUUCACCUCCAGGGAUGAGUUUGCCUACUGCUUGAGCUGCUUCUGCAACCUCUACGCUAAGAAGUGUGCAGGAUGCACAAACCCAAUCAGUGGACUCGGAGGAACCAAGUACAUCUCCUUUGAAGAACGGCAGUGGCAUAAUGAUUGCUUUAACUGUAAGAAGUGCUCUCUUUCAUUGGUGGGUCGUGGCUUCCUCACAGAAAGGGAUGACAUCCUUUGCCCUGAAUGUGGGAAGGAUAUCUAAAGCUCAAACUAAGAGGUGAGGAAGA